AUGGCCUCUGAGCAGAAGCAGCACCCCAGCCCCAACCAUUAUGACAUUGUCAUUGUUGGUGCCGGUCCCGUCGGCCUGAUGCUCUCGACCUGCCUGGCGAGAUGGGGUUACAAGAUUAAGCACAUCGACAACAGACCUGAGCCUACCGCCACUGGCCGUGCCGAUGGCAUCCAGCCCCGUUCCCUCGAUCUCCUCCGCAACAUGGGCCUCAAGUCGGCCAUCAUGGCCCACAAGCCCGCUCGUGUCUACGAGGUUGCUUUCUGGGACCCUCCCACCGGCGGCAAGGGCAUUGCCCGUACCGGCACCUGGGCCUCUUGCCCCGACUUCAUCGAUGCCAGAUACCCCUUCACCACCCUCCUCCACCAGGGUCUGAUCGAGCGUGCUUUCAUCGCCGACCUCGAGAAGAACAACACCACCGUCCAGCGCCCCUGGACCAUCACCGGCUUCACCUCUGACGAGCAGGCCGACCCCGAGUACCCCGUCAGCGUCGAGCUCCAGCACGUCGACGGCACCUUCAAGGAGAGCGUCAAGGCCAAGUACCUCUUCGGCGGCGAGGGCGCCCGCUCCUUCGUCCGUGACCAGCUCAAGAUUGGCAUCACCCACAAGGACCCCAUCGCCUACGUCUGGGGUGUCAUGGACGGUGUCGUCAAGACCGACUUCCCCGACAUCAAGAUGAAGUGCACCAUCCACUCGGAGCACGGCUCCAUCAUGGUCAUCCCCCGCGAGGACAACAUGGUCCGCCUCUACAUCCAGAUCGCCUCCUCCACCGACCCCGACUUCAACCCCCGCAAGACGGCCACCGUCGAGGAGGUCCAGGCCUCGGCCAAGCGCAUCCUCCAGCCCUACAGCAUUGAGUGGGAGCGCGUCGAGUGGUACUCUGUCUACCCCAUCGGCCAGGGCAUUUCCGACAAGUACACCCUCGACCACCGCGUCUUCCUCGGCGGCGACGCCUGCCACACCCACUCCCCCAAGGCCGGCCAGGGCAUGAACACUGCCUUCCUCGACGCCCUCAACCUCGCCUGGAAGAUCCACGCCGUCGAGGGCGGCCUCGCCCACAAGUCCAUCCUCGAGACCUACGAACCCGAGCGCAAGGACGUCGCCGAGACUCUUUUGUCUUUCGACAACAAGUACGCCAAGCUCUUCUCCCAGCGCCCCCCCUCCUCCAACGAGGUCGCCGCCGCCACGGCCCAGAAGGCCUCCUCCGGCGCCGAGGAAAACGAAUUCAUCAAGACCUUCAAGGAGUCCUGCUCUUUCACUUCCGGCUACGGCGUAGCCUACAAGGCCAACCAGCUCAACUGGUCCCCCGAGCACCCGGCCCAAUCCCACGUCAUCGCCAAGUCUGACGCCCUGGUCCCCGGCCGCCUCUUCAGGAACGCCGACGUCACCCGCGUCGUCGACGCCAACGUCGUCCAUCUGGAGCAGGAGAUCCCCCUCAACGGCGCCUUCCGCCUCUUCGUCUUCGCCGGCAAGCCCUCCGUCACGGGCCAAGCCCUCAAGGACUUCGCCGCCGGCCUCGCCAAGAAGAACAGCUUCUACUCUGCCUACCAGCGCGCCGAUAUCGACUCUGUCUCUCACCACGAGAGGCACAACCCCCACUCCAAGUUCUUCACCAUCUGCACUGUCUUUGCCGCCAAGAGGAACGAGAUUGAGAUUAGCCGGGACUUGCCUGCGCUGCUGGCGAGGUACAAGGACAAUGUUUAUGCUGAUGAUCGGUGGUCGAGGAAUUUCCCUGACGCGAAGGCGAUGGCGCAUGCGAAGAUGGGGUUGGAUGAGGAAAGGGGUGGGGUUGUGGUCGUUAGGCCGGAUGGGUACACUGGUGUUGUUGUUGCGCUGGAGGAGGGGAGCGCGACGGUGGACGCGCUGAAUGCGUACUUUGGGGCUUUUGCGAGCAAGAAGUUGGGGGAGGCGCAGGCUCAGCUUUGA